AUGCCCGCCCGCGCCGACUUGAUAACCGGCACAAGCGCCCUCUGCGCGGCUUUCUCAACCGGCGCCGACAUCCCCACCCUCCUCUCAACAUUCACCACCUCCCCGACGCCAUAUAUCUACGAGCACGGUCUCUCUUCGCUCGCGCCAUUCCUGGGCCGCACAUUCCGUGGACAGGAUGGUUUAACGAAGUACUUUGACCUGCUGAGCGAGAACCUUGGGGUUGAGAGUAUGGACCUUGAUGGGGAGAAGAACUGGAUUGUUGAUACGGAGAACGCGGUUGUUUGCUUAAAGGGGAGAGCAAGAUUUGUGAGUAAGGCGACGGGGCAGGGAUGGGACGAGGUGUUUAUUUAUAAGAUUUCUUUGGCGAAGGAAGGGGGGGAUGGGAACGGAAAAGGAGGGUGGAAGGUAAGGGCUUAUGAGGUUUGGGCGGAUACAGGGGCGGCGUAUUUGGCUGCACGGGGAGAGUUGAACGGUUUAUCUUGA